AUGGCCCCCAGAGUGAUCCCGGAUGAUGAACUUUCGAGCCAGGAUAACUUCUCCCUGUGUUCGAGCACACACCAGAGCCAUGGAACUCCCGGACUCAAGUCGUGGUCCGUGAAUGAUGUUGAUGGACUUGACGCUGGUGUCAUGUCCUCAGUUAAACCAGAAUCCCCGGAAGUACAAAUGCUGUCUUUCUCAUUGUCCCAGCAACUCAUGCCUUCCACCGUGGGGCCAAGUGAUGUGAUGUAUCACACUGGUCCCGAAUUCCCAGGUCUCCAGGAUUUGGGAGACCAGAGUGAACUGGAUUUCUCACAUGCCCAGGAUUUCAACACCCACUACUCCUCACUAGUGGAUUUCAGUGCGUUUGACAAUGAUGUCGGAGCCCAAACUGGUUCCCAGUCCUGCACUUCCGAUGAUGCCCACUCAGUUAGCCACAGCUCUCACACCGAUGAUGCAUGGAACUCCCUCGUGGCAGAUACCAGAAACUACCCCGGAUCAUCCAUGGACCACUUCACUUCCAACAUGUUCCACCCAGUCCCCGUUUCCCCUCCCUUGACGGAAGCAAGCAAUGAUGUUUCUGUUACCUCUUCCUGCUCCCACACCGGAUACCCAUCUUUCAUGUCUCAUGACGACGCCAUCCUCAAGGAUGUAACUUCAACCCCCGUUGGCAGCCAGGGAAUUAACCUCGGAGAUCCAUUGUUCCCCCUCACCCCGCCUCUCAAUGAGCAAGACCCUAACAGGACUAUCCGACCUUCAAAGAGUGCGCGUAGGCCAGCUUUGCAAACUCCCCCGUCUCAGUCCCAGGUCAAACAGGAUGCCGAGUUUUUCCCACCUCUUCCCGUCAAGGAACCCCUUCGUCAAAGAUCCAAGGAAGGUGCCGAGUUGCGGAAUCCCCGGGACCACUACUACUACUCUCUCCCAACCCACAGUGAUGGAAAAUACUACUGCCCAUACGCCAUUGGAGACAAGCCCUGCAACCACCCCCCUACCACCCAGAAAUGCGCCUAUCAUAAAUACCUGGACUCCCACCUGAAGCCCUACCGCUGCAAGGUUCCCGCCUGUAUGGAUGCCCAGUUGCAGUUCUCUUCUAAUGCCUGCCUGUUCCGUCACGAGCGUGAGGCCCACGGAUUCCACGGCCAUGGCGACAACCCCCACCUUUGCUUGUUUGAAGGAUGUGACCGAUCCGUUCCCGGAUAUGGAUUCCCCCGCCGCUGGAACCUCUUUGACCACAUGAGGCGUGUUCAUGAUUACGCUUCCUCGGAGCGCCCCAGCUCGCCGGAUGCUUCCCCUACCACCGGGCAAGCCUCCAAGAAGAAGGAAGCCGCCGGACGCAAGAGAAGAGUUGCCGGUGUUUCUGGCGCUCAAACUAUGAAGCGGACUCGCUCCACUCAGUCCCAGUCCAACCCCUUGAAGGCUGUCCAGCAGACCUCUGCCCACCACGGUCAGAGACUGCAGAACGCGGAGCGAAACUACUACAACUGCCGUUCCCGUCUUCUCGAAGAACUGAGCAACAUCAUACCCCAGGAUUCUUCCAUGCACGAGAAGGUCAAUGCCAGCCUUCAGGAGCUGAUCACCCUGGGCCUGAACUACCGCCACAUUGAAGCUAGCCAGGCUGCUGCUCAGAUGACCCACGGCCUUUCAGCGUAA